AAAUAUAAUUAAUUUCAUUAAAAUUAAGUGGUAUAAAAAUGCAUCAUUAUCUUGCAUGCAUCAGUAUUUGCAAAAUCGUAAUACUACAAGUAAUGAAUAGUCUCUGACAUAAAUAAAUAUAAAGCUAAAACAAAUACAUUUUAGUAAAUCUUCAGAAUGUUUCCUAAGUCUAGCAAAGACAGCUUCUUGGAACAAACCAAAGCAGCGAGAGAGGAGCGGGCCUUGGAGAAAAAGCGGGAACAAUCAGUUAUAAAAAUACAGGCCUUGGUUCGUGGCUGGCUUGAGAGACAGAAGUUUGUCAGACUUAUUCUGAAUGAAUUUGACGAACUUCUGCCAGAACCAGUUAAUCAAAGUUCACAAGAUGAAAACCAUCAACCAGAGGUGAUACAGGCUUUGGAUGUGUAUAAGGUUACAUGCCGUCUCUUUCUUAUAUUCAAACAAGACAGAGACAAACGGAGAUUUGAAAAACUAUGUAAAUAUAUUGUACAGUCUCUUCAUUCUGAAUCAGUCAAAGUAUCUUAUGUUGGGGUAUUCCUAAACAAAGAAUACAGCCUACAAUGGAUUUCACACAUCAAAGAUCUACUCUACAAAUGCUGUCAAUACCUCGAAGCACUAAAGCCAGAGUCACCAGUAGACAUGCAAAGUAUUCUGAUACACCUUCACACUUUGCUGGCUUUCACCGCAACAAACACUUGGGCGUUAACUCGGCUGAGAAACUUUGAGAAGCUUAGAGGAGGCAUGACUCAGCUGUGUGCAAAUAUCAUGGGCUCUCUGUUUCACAGAGGAUACUAUUUGACUUUAAAGACUCUGCUAUUACGAGGUUUGUGUCGAGAGAAGGUCUGCUUGAAGACUAUAUCUAUGACGGCGAUAGUAACACUGACGUUGCGACCUCUGGUGUCUGCACAGUUCUCGGAGAAGCUCCUCACGAUGUAUAUAAUACAGAUACUGUCUGUGCCGACGCUGGUUUAUCACAUGCAACAAAUUUCCCCUGAGACAAUAGUGGCCUUUCGUACACAUGGAAUUUUUGAUAAGUGUGUAGAAUUCCUAAGUACGGAUCAGAAUAUGCGUAUAGUAUUCAACACAUUGGAAGGGAACUACGCUUUAUGCUUGCUGGCUAAUUUGAUACAGCUGGCGUACUUGGAGAGAGAACAUGCGCAACCAAAUACAUACUACCCGACUUUUGUGUUGGUAGUCACUCGCUUCUUAGACAGUUGCCAGCAGUACGUAGUAUGCAAGCAAGGUAACUUAAGCAACUGGCAUCCCAUACUGGGUUGGUUCUCACAAGGCUUCGAUGUCUACCUUCCACCGACUAUGGGGAACCUACGGACUCAGCUGUCCUUACUAUGGGGUGCUCCGCUACUGAAGAAGCUUCUAGCUAACCCGCUGAAGGAGAUGCUAGAUGCCGGUGUGAGCAGUGAGGAAGCGGGGCCUUCGCAGCCGUCUACACCGGUACAGAGUAACAAUCCAGCUGCGUUUAUUAGAAGAGCUAUAGAAGCUAGGACUAAUAGGGGAAAUUCAAGUAAACAUUUUCGGAAGUUGGGAUCACCUGACUGCACAAAAAUAGCACUGAUAUGUACGAUGUACCACACCGCCUUAGAGACUAUGUCGCAAGUUAAGAUGGACAUAUUGACUGGACUUUGCAGUCAAGACGAGAUACUAUACCUUCUCUGGCAGUUUAUGUGUACCCUAGGCCCUAAUAGUGGACUAAAAGCGUUUCUAGAUCUCCUGGCUGUUAACACUAAACUGUCUGCCCCUGAGUUCCAAAUGUUGAUACUAUUUGCUGACUGUAUGACGCAUUAUGUUACUAUACUGGACGACAUGGAGAUGUACGAGAAGCAGGAGCCGUUCAAGCUGCAGGACUUCGUCAACAUGUCGCACUUCCUCAACAUGUUCAUAUACAGGUGUAUCAUCGGCCAGCUGCUGGAGCUCAAAGGCUUAGCGCACAACUCGCUGUUCACGGCUGCGCACACACUGCUGCAAGCGCUAUACCGCCGCGACUGUCGCCGGCCGUACGCGCCGCCCCAGCACUGGCUGGCGAGAGAUAGAGAUUCGCACUUUCUAGCUGAUUUGGACAAGGGGAAGAAACCUCAUCAGGUGCUACUGCAGAAGGCCCCGCAUAUGAUAGCACACAGCGAGAGAGUCCGCCUGUUCAGACGCGCUGUUGCCGAUGAAAAGGUAGUUCUAGGCCUGACCGAGCGUGCGUGCGGCGGCGCCACAGCGCGCUCCACCCUCGUGACCGUGCGUCGCGCGCGGCUGGUGGAGGACGGGUACCGGCAGUUGGCGGCUCUGCCGAGCCGCGCGCUGCGGGGCGUCGUGCGCGUGCGGUUCAUUAACGAGCAGGGCCUGGACGAGGCCGGCAUCGACCAGGACGGCGUCUUCAAGGAAUUCCUGGAGGAAACAAUCAAGCGUGUAUUCGACCCGUCCCUCAACCUGUUCCGGGCGACGAGCGAGGAGCGGCUGUACCCGUCGCCGACGUCCGGCGUCCAGGAAAACCACCUCCAGCUGUUCGAGUUCAUUGGACGUAUGCUGGCUAAAGCGGUGUAUGAGGGUAUAGUGGUGGACGUGCCGUUCGCGUCGUUCUUCCUAAGCCAGGUGCUGGGUCAGACGCAGGCGGCGCUGUACAGCUGGAUCGAUGAGCUGCCUUCGCUAGACCGCGAGCUCUACCGCAGUCUUACUUAUAUCAAGCACUUCCAGGGUGACAUUUCAUCACUAGAGCUAACGUUUUCUGUAGACGAGGAGAGACUGGGAGAGAUUGUUACGCAUGAGCUAGUGCCGGGAGGAAAGGCGGUACCGGUUACUAAUGAAAACAAAAUAAACUACAUUCAUCUAAUGGCUCAUUUCCGGAUGCACACGCAAAUAAAGGAUCAAACCAAUGCUUUUAUAAAAGGAUUUAGGACAAUCAUAAAUCCAGAAUGGCUCUCCUUGUUUUCAACACCAGAGCUCCAACGCCUCAUAAGCGGGGACAACGUGCCGCUGGACCUGCGCGACCUACGCCGCCACACGCAGUACUACGGCGGCUUCCACGACUCGCACCGCGUCGUCUGCUGGCUGUGGGACGUGCUGCAGCGCGACUUCACCGAGAACGAGCGCGCCAUGUUCCUCAAGUUCGUGACGUCAUGUUCUAAGCCGCCAGUGCUGGGGUUCGCGCACCUCAAGCCGCCAUUCUCCAUCCGCUGUGUGGAGGUCGGUGAUGAUGAAGACACCGGGGAUACUAUAGGCAGCGUCAUUCGAGGAUUCUUCACGAUCAGGAAGAAGGAUCCUCUCAACCGACUACCUACAUCGUCUACCUGUUUCAACCUACUCAAGCUACCCAACUAUCAGAAGAGAAGUACUCUACGCGACAAACUCAGAUACGCCGUAAAUAGCAACACAGGUUUUGAGCUGUCUUAGAAAAUACUAUUUAGUGUAGUCGGAAUUGACUUAUGUAUGUGGAUUUCUAAGAAAUUGCUAUUGGAUAUAGUUGGAAUGGAUCGAAAGCAAGGGCGUUGCUACCACCGUAUCUGCCUUAUCAAUCAUACGGGGCCCCGGGCCACGUGGGCUCCCAAAGUGUAUAGUUUACCCAAACAUAUUUUUAUACGGGGCCCUAACAAGGCACGCUACGCUACUGAUCGAAAGCAAUAUAUUGUAAAUUGAUAUCAAGUAGGUUUUUAGCUCUACUUGGAGAAAGGCGAUCACUGUAAAGCGUUUGAAUUAUCCAAACGUGUUACAUAGUUGUAACAUUAGAUAAAGAAAGGGUCAAAAUGCCUUAAACACCCAGCAUUUUCAAUAUUUUUGCAAUCAAAAGCUGGUUAUGAGUUUUGACUGUAACCAUCUGUAACAUAUAGAUAGAAUCCAUUACUAAAAGGGACUAUAUGUUAAUGAAAACUAAACUUAUCAUGCGUUGUUUGUAACUGACGUCUAUUUAGCUUUAAUACCUGGACUUAUCAAUGUUGUUAUUUUUGUCUUACACGUUAGAAAAGCUUUAGUCAAAAGAGUUUUUCUAAGACAAGAAAACAAUGAUAAUACAUGGAUUACUUAAUUAUGUCCUAUUCGUUUAUUAAUAAGAUCGGGUAGACUUUUUGUUUUCACGUUAAAUAUAAUAAAAUGUUAUUGGUUAGAUGAUCUCAGAGGGAUGGGUAGUAGUGAUAAAACUACUUCUAUUGCUAUAUUAUUAAUGAUAAUAUUUUGUUCUCUCAGGGAAAUAAAAUAAUUAGCAGUUUAAACCUCCUAAUUUGUUCAGCCCUAAAAGACAAGUGGCAAGCGAUUAUCGU